GGCUACAUUACAAACAACUCGAAGCCGACGGUCACGGCGGUAGUUUUGUCAUAGCGAGAGAGUGUUUCGAUAGCCGUUUAGAAUGCAUCUGCAAUGAUUGGCCAGUAUCGGAUGUCGACGUUUCGGGCGGAUCGGAUAGCGUACCGAGGGCAUCACCCGCCAUCAUCGAGCAAUGCUUCAAGUGGAGGCAUGACUAUGCCCCGCUGUGCCUCCCCCGUAAUCCAGGAUGAUUGAUUGUCGGGACUGGGGAUCCUUAAAAGUCCAUAUGAUGUGAACGGAUGCUGCUACUUUUUGUUCAAUUCAUUAUUUCUCAAUCGCAAUCUUUCUCACCUGACAAUCCUGUAGGUUCUGCUCUUACUUUGGUUUAGCUAGGAGGAUCAUCACUGCCCCUCCUUUGCAAAGCUUCAUAAUGGCCACGAACGGACUGAACGGCACGGCGCAAGGUGCUGUCAAUGGCGAUAGCAAGCCUGCCACUCACAGAUUCAACCCCCACUUCACGCAAGCAGUAAUCAAUGCGACUGGACCCAAAGCUUCUCCCCGAGUGCGCCAGGUCACUUCGAGCUUGAUCCAGCAUCUCCAUGACUUUGCGCGCGAGAAUGAGAUUACCGUAGAUGAGUGGAUGGCUGGUUUAGAGCUUAUCAACGAAGCAGGACGCAUGUCCACCGACCGCCGCAAUGAAGGCCAGCUUGUGUGCGAUGUUCUAGGCUUUGAGUCCCUCGUUGAUGAGAUAACCUAUAAACUCGCUUCAGAUGCUACCGACGAACCCACCUCAACUGCGAUCUUGGGUCCUUUCUGGCGGGUAGACGCCCCUAAAUUUCAAAUGGGAGAAUGUAUAGUUUCUGGCAUUGAAUCGAAGGGAGACCGGACAUGGAUGCACGGGAAAGUCACAGAUUUCAGGACCGGUGAGCCUAUCGAGGGAGUUUGCUUGGAUGUCUGGCAUACCGCACCCAAUGGCUUGUACGAGCAGCAAGACCCCGACCAGCCGGAUAUGAACUUGAGGGGUAGAUUCACCACCGGCAAGGAUGGAAAGUACAACUUCUACUGCCUGCGGCCAGUGCCGUACCCAAUUCCGUUUGACGGACCUGCCGGAAAGAUUCUGCAGGCAUUGGAUAGGCACCCAUUCCGCCCGGCACACAUUCAUUUCAUUAUUUCUGCACCAGGCUACAAGCCAAUCGUCACACAGAUCUUUGAUCGCAACAGCAAGUACAUCGAGGAUGAUGCAGUCUUUGCAGUCAAGGACUCGUUGCUUGUAGACUUCAUUCCCAUCACAUCAGACCCGAAGGCUGACUUUGAGCUUCCUUACGAUUUCCGAUUGGCGACUUUUGAGGAUGCAGCAAAACGUUAAGUCGCAGGCACGACUAAAGUAAACAGUAUUGGGCUUGGCCCUCCAAUUUAAGUAAUUUGAUGUUCUUUUUAAUUGAGCGCCAUGACUAUUAUGACCGGGAACCCUUCAAGUGUGUUACGCGUUAUGUGUUAUGGG